AUGGGUCUCUCAAACGAUGAACGCGGAUGGGUCAUGGCAAGUGUCAGUGGUGCAGCAUGCAUCAUCGGGGCUUCGAUCAUCUGCGUCGAUAUAAUCAUCAGGAAAUUCCCUAGCAAGCGCAACUUUAGGAUACAGGAUAGCGAUAUAUUCUUAUCGUCAUCGCUCAGUUUGAGUUUCGGUGUCAUGCUUUUCUCUGCACUUUUUAGCAUGAUGCCCUCGGCAAAAAGUUCUCUGCAGAAGGGUGGAAUGUCACCCAAAGCGGCUGCUUGGACACUGAUAGGCUGUUUUCUUGGAGGUGCUUUGGGCAUUCAAGUCAUCAGUCGGCUUGCUCAUCUGUUCAUGCCAUCUCAUGUUGUAGAUUGCGAACACUCGCAUGAUGAAGAAUCGGCCACCAAGGAGCCAUCCGAGGAAGACGGACAAGUACGCCACGAGCAGGCUCAUCCUCCUUCCCACGACCGUUCUCACGGUGGAUCAAAUUCUACCAUCAAGCAGCAUGGUGAACACGUUCACAUCCAGCGACCAAAGAUUGCGACACGCAAAACCACCUCUGCUGCCGCUGAUGAAAAUGGUGCUGCCCAACUGCCUCCUGGCAAGAGCCUCUCGAGACGACCUUCAUUGCAAACCCGUUUGAGUCAAACACUUUCCUCCAUUGCUUCGAGAUCUAAGCCGUCCUGUGAUUGUGAUGGUCCCUGUCACGGCUUCAGCGAACCAUGCGGUGCGGAUUGUUUCAAGAAUAUGCAGACAAGGCAGGCAAGCACUCGCUCUAUCAUCCGUCAGCAGCUCCUGCGCGGCGAAUCGAUCGCCUCUGAACAGACUCCCCUACUUGAAGGUAUCAGAGAAGAGGUUCCAUCCCGCCCUGCACACCAGAAUCGCACGGCAUCAGAUACAGCUCUACAGCCCAAAAGAUCAAGCGGUAUGCCUAGCUUGGGUGCUGACGCCGUGAUUGAGGAGGAGGACGAUGCACAAUCGCUUCACCACACCAAGUCUCAUGCCUCAAUGGCCAGUACCCAGCAACAAGGUGGAGACCAGCAGCAUCACCAUCACCAUGUCCCUACCAACGUAUUCGCAUCCAUCGGUCUCCAGACUUCCAUUGCCAUUGCUCUCCACAAACUCCCUGAAGGCUUCAUUACGUUCGCUACUAACCACGCAAACCCCAAACUUGGCUUUUCCGUCUUCUUGGCCUUGUUUAUUCACAAUAUUACUGACGGCUUUGUCCUUGCUCUGCCCCUCUAUCUCGCCAUCAACAAUCGCGCCAAAGCAAUGUUCUGGGCUUCUCUUCUCGGCGGUGCUUCUCAACCUCUUGGUGCUGGCGUUGCCGCUGCCAUCUUCAAGAUUGCUGGCUCCAAGAAUGUCGCCAUCAGCGAGAACUUUUACGGUGCCAUGUUUGCUGUAACGGCUGGUAUCAUGACUUCUGUUGCUCUGCAACUUUUCGGCGAGAGUCUGGAGCUUACGCAUAACCGAGGCCUCUGCAUGAUCUUUGCAUUUGUCGGUAUGGGCAUCCUGGGUUGCAGUUCGGCGUUGACUGCUUGA